CACUUCCUCUCUUUGCCAACAUUGCGACAUUUAAUAUAUUCGAAUGAUACGGUUAGCGCUCAGUUAGCUUCUAGCAUUUGUCGACAGCUCUGCCUCCUUUUCGACUGCCCGGGACAUUUAAACAAUGGAUGUAUACAAGCAAAUUCAUGCUUUUCUCCUCAAUGGAGAGCUUCCCCCGACUGAAGAACUGCGCCGUAAAAUACGAAGAAUGGCACCUAAUUACAAACUGAAGGACAACAGACUCUUCUACACUGGCCCCAGUAUGCAGUGCAUGCGCCUGGUAGUCAUGUCAGAGGAGGAGAAGAAGUCAGUUCUGAUGGAAUGCCACAAUAACCCUGGUACCGGGAACCACAUGGUGUUAGAGGUACCCGAAACAGGGUUGUUGCUGGCUAUUACUGGCCAACAUUGAACCAGGACAUCAGUGAAUGGGUCAGAUGCUGUCAUCGCUGCCAGAUGAAUGACCCAAUCAAGACUGUGGCACCAGCAUUACAUCCCAUCAAGGUCCAUCUUAAGGUAAAAGAACCUUGGGAGGUGCUGGGCAUGGAUUUAAUUGGACCACUCCCGGAAACACGUCUAGGGAACCGAUAUGUCCUGACAAUGACCGAUCUGUUUACUAAGUGGGUGAUUGCAGAACCUCUUAAGUCCAAGACUGCAGCUGAGGUCUCUGCAAUCAUGACCUCUAAGUUAUACACGUUUGGCAUGGUCAGGAAAAUCAUCACUGACCAAGGAAAGGAGUUUGUGAACCAGCUCAACAACAGCAUUUUCAGCACGCUGAAUAUUAAACAUGCUGUCUCCAGUGCGUAUCACCCCCAGACCAACGGGCAGGUUCUUCGCAACUUUGAGAGGGCACAGGACACCCAGAGGAAGACCUUUGAACCAGGGAAAAGGAAGCAGGUAAGAGAGUGUGUUGUUCAAGCAGGUGAUGAUGUUCUUUUGUCAGGUGAUCCAAAGAGACGACGCACUGGAGAUGCAUUAUUGAGCCAACACCAAGGACUGUACACUGUGGCCAGCAUCACGCCAAAGGGGGUGGCCACUAUUGUGAAGGGAGCAACUUGCCAGAAGAUCCACCAACUGAGAGGAAGUUUCUCCUGGACCACUCAUAUGGGACUCCGGAACGGCAGAUUGAUCAUCAGUAUGCCAGUCCAGGAGCAAAGUGGCAGAAAGACUUGGAACCUCUUCAGUCCAGUCUGGGACUUUAUUCCGGCCCUAAACCUAACCGCCUGGAGCCCCAAUUGGACAUUGGGCCCUAAUUUCAAUCCCCAUCUUCUUCCAGUCCUAAACCUAACCUCUGGGUUCCCUAAGCCCAGCCUCAACCCCCUUAUUCGGGACAAGAGAGGACACUUCCCUCCUGGAGAGCAAUCUGUGAGUGGCGUGGGGGCCUGGGAUGGGAACAGGUAUGGACUGUGCAUGGAGUUUGGCCACCUUUGGUGGCCAACCUCCCAACUUGAGCUCCCCCUAACCCUAACCCCUAACCCUAAGCCAAGAGAGGCACACAAAACACACAUAGACAGACACGUUGGGCCAGCCUGAAGAAGGCCUAUAAUUCACCGAAACGUCGCGACGGCCCAACGAUACACACGUGCACUAUAAAACCAAAUUAUGGUUAAUUUUUUGAACUGGGACGGGGUUAUCAUCACUGGCCCCUUGGACGAUCAUACCCCUUUGGGGCGUACUGUGGGGGACCUGAACGCCCGGGAUGGGAACAGGUAUUGACAGUGCAUUGGAGCCCGGCCCCCUUCGGGGACCGAUCUCCCAACUUGAUUUCCCCUAACCGGCCCGUGCCGCCUGUCCGCCUGCUUGGGUAGCGUCGAGUUCCCUGACUGUGAUGAUAAUUGGACAUGAAAAAGAGAAACACAUAAUUAGGACAAAAACAAUAAAAGGAGGUUUUGGAGGACACAAAACAAUUGGAGAUAACAUAAAAGUCAAAGAGAAGGACACAACAGAGAUAAAACAAAAGAGAAAAAUAAUCAAUUGAAAAACACGAAAAAACAUAAAAAUGACAAACAUAUAAGGAGAAGGCGGAUGGAACGGACACAAAACAAUUGGACAUAACACAAAAGGUCACGGAGGAGGACAUAACAAGGACAAAACAGGAGGAACAGGACAAUCACAGGAAAGCAACAAAAUCACGAAGUCACGAAAAAAUUAUUGGAAAGGACAAAUAGGAAGGGGGUGCCAUAAAAAUAAUAAAAAAUAAAGAAAGUCAAAGAAAAUAAUGUUAACUUUUAAAUGUUACUUUCUGUGUCUGUGCAUCUACCAGGGGUGUUAUUCACUACCUUGUGUUGCUCACAGAGGUAACUGUGACAAAGUGUGUACACCUGCGCAGCGCUAACAUUUCUACAGCAUUACAAUUCUUCAUGUGAUUUAUACCGGGACAGCUGGUUGAUGUGUUUCUACUACAGGAUUUCUGGGUUUAUGUGUGAGGAAAACUGUGUUUACAGGUUAUGAGUUGGUGAUGCUGUUACACUGUGUUGUUGGGAAAAUGUGAAGGUUACUUUGACGAUGUGGAUAACAUGUGAAUCAUUCCCUGUGUUGAAACUUGUGUCACUUCUGUCCACAGAUAUGGAUGGGUAACUUUAUGGUCUUUUUAUAGCACCUCUGGAACCUGUCAACUUCUGCCUGACCUCCAGGAUUGUCCAUGUGUGUUGCAAUGUUUAUUUUUCUAAGAGUGCUCUAUUACUCUUA